CAUAUCCCCUUCUUUAUUUCCUUAUAUCCCCUUCUUUUCCAGCCCUUUUCUAAACCGAGUCACAUGAAUUUUCAACUUUGAUCUGUUCAUUUGGAAAUUGUUAAAUGAAAGGUGGUCAAUUUUCCCCUUCUUGAAUUUGUAUUGUCUUAAGAACCAAUACAUCGCUAGCAUUCACUUCAAUCUAUUUAUCUUUUCAUUUAGUUUCUUUUGCUUUUUUUUUUCUCCCUUAAAUCUUCUUAUAUUUACUUCAAUUGACCAUGUCUCAAAACAAUAACAAAGUCUUCUCUGCUAAAGUCAAAAACGUUCUCUCUGGUGAUACUUUAAUCCUCGUCCCAACAAAUCAUAAAGGCACAUCUCCACCUCCUGAACGUCAACUAUCUUUAGCUUACUUGCAAGCUCCAAGAUUAAACCUAAACGAGGUGUACUCUUUUGAAUCCAGAGAACUCUUAAGAAAUCUAUUAUUAGGUAAAGUUGUCCAAUUUAAAGUUUUAUACACUUUGCCUGCUUUAAAUAAUUCAAAAAGAGAAUUCGGUGAUGUUAAAACACCAAUUUUCAACAGUUUAAUUGAAUACGUCCUAGCUAAAGGUACUGCUAAGGUCAGAGAAAACGCUGAAUCUCACAAUGAAGACUAUUAUUAUGACUUGAAAGACUUGGAAGAUAAAGCUAAAAAGGACAAGAUUGGUUUAUGGGUCCACACAACUCCUUUACAAUUAGAAAAUGAAUUGUUAUACAAUGAAAUCGAACAAUCCAAAAAAACUCCUUAUGAUGCAAUUGUUGAAAGAGUUAUUUCUGGUGAUCGUCUUUUAGUUAGAAUCUUGCUAAGCAAGAAAAACCACGCUGUUUUACCUGUAUUAAUCGGUGGUGUUAGAUCUCCAAGAACUGCUUCCUUAGAAGAUGAAAAGGCUGAACCUUACGGCAAUGAAGCCAAAUUAUUUGUUGAACAAAGAUUAAUAUCAAGAAUGGUUAAAUUGUCUGUUAUUGGUUCCUCCUCAAAUGGUGUUCCAAUUGCCAAAAUUAUUCACCCUGCUGGAGACAUUGCUGAAAAAAUUCUCGAAGCUGGUUUAGCUGAAAUAGUUGAUUGGCAAUCAACAAUGAUUGGCUCUUCCAGAAUGUCAAUUUUAAGAACUUGUGAAAGAUCUGCAAAAGUCAGCAAUAAAGGUUUAUGGAAAAAUACAAACACUAGAUCAAUUGCUCUCAGUGACUCCAAAAAUCUUAUUAAACCGGGCAAGAAAUUAAAUGCUACUGUCACUAGAAUUAUUUCCGCUGACACUCUUUCUAUUAGAAUUAAUAAUGAUUCCGAAGAUAAAGAAUACACUGUUCAAUUGUCUUCAUUAAGAGGUCCAAAACAAUCCGAUGCAAACCAAACCAAUUUCAUACCAUUUGCUAAAGAAUUUGUUAGAAAAUUGACCAUUGGCAAAAAAAUCACCGUUCAAAUUGAUGGAAUUAGACCAAAAAACGAACAAUUUCCAGAAAGACCUUUAGUUUCAGUUACUUUGCCAAAUGGUGAAGAUUUAUCAAAAGCAAUUGUUACAAACGGUUGGGCUCAAGUUAUUAGACACAGAAGAGGCGAUGAUGAUAGAUCACCAAAUUGGGAUGAAUUAAUUGAAAUUGAAGCUGAAGUUAUAAAAGCUAAAAAGGGUAUGCAUGGAAAGCUUCCUCGUGUCGAAAGAAUUGUUGACGCGUCAGAAAAUGCUGGUAGAGCUAAAACAUAUCUACAAACAUUACAAAAUAGAACCAAGAUCUCAGCAGUUGUCGAUUAUGUUUCAUCACCAAAUAGGUUUAGAUUGAUUUUACCCAAAGAAGGUUACAAGUUAGUAUUGGUAUUAGGUGGAUUAACCAACACUCUAACUGGGAGUAAAGACUCCGAAUUGAAUAAAGCUGCACUUGACUUUGUUAACAAAAAAUCAUUGCAAAGAGAUGUUCAUAUUGAAAUUUAUAAUGUUGAUAGAAUUGGAUCUUUUAUUGGUAACUUGUUUUUGCCAGGACAAAAUCUACCAUUACAAAUUAAUUUAUUGAAACAGGGUUUUUACAAAAUUCAUGAAAAUUCAGUCAAUCAAAUCAAAUUUGCAGAUCAAAUGUGGGAAGCUCAAGAAUCAGCUCAAGAACAAAAAAUAGGAAUUUGGAAAAAUUACGUGCCAGAAGAUGGCGAACAAGAAUAUUCGAAGAACAGUUUAGUUAAAGACAUAACUGAUAAGACUGAAAAUUUAAAACUUGUAAAUAAAUAUCAUGACAUUGAGGUAACAGAUGUAUCAGAUGAGGGACUAAUAUCAUUUCAGUUUUUGAAUGCCGAAACCGAUAAACUUAUACCAUUUAUGAAAGAAUUCCACGAGUUCCAUAAUAACCAACCAAUCAAAGCUGUUAAGGUAACUGUUCCAGGGGCUAUUCCAGCAUAUCCAUCACUUUUACCUAGAUUACCAAGAAAGGGAGAUUAUGUAUCUGCUGAAUUUUCAAGCAAUGGAAAAUUCUAUCGUGCCAAAGUUCUUUCGUACGAUAAAACAACCCGUAAAUGCAAAGUUCAACACAUUGAUUUUGGUAACACAGACCAAGUCCCAACAUCAUCAAUACGUGAAUUGCCUCCUCAAUUUUCACUAGCAAAAUUGGGUGCACAAGGACAUGUCGGUUUGUUGUCUUUGAUCAAAUUGCCACCAUCCAAACCAACGGACUAUCUUACAGAUGCUAUUUACUUUCUCGAAGACUUGAUAGCUGGAAAGAAGUUGAUUGCAUGCGAGAACAAAAGCAAUCCAACUCCAGGUGUCGAGAUGUCAAUCACUUUGUACGAUCCAGAAAAGAUUGAAAAGGACGUUACCUACUCCAUAAAUCGAGAACUCGUUGAAAAUGGAUGGGCCAUUGUCAACAAAAAACUCAAGGGUUUUGAAGUUGCAAUGAAAGACGAAUGGAAAACCUUGAUCAAAUUGGAACAACAAGCCAAGUUGGACAGAAAGGGCUGCUGGGAAUUUGGUGACAUCGAAGGAGACGAAGAAUGAGCAGCACCUGCUGCUUCUGCUGCUCCUUCUGGGUUGUUUUCUUUGCAUGUUUUCUGGUUUACAUAGCUUCUCUUUCUCAUUUCAUAACUCACACUAAAUAUACGC